UUCAGUGUCACUUUCAGCAGAUCCUGCCCUGUGUUUCUCGGAGAUGGAACCUACAGCCUACGGAUGAAAUGGGACUGACUUUCAGUUUUCACAUCUGAACCACUCUUAUUACGGACUUGGAAAUGUAUGGUUCGCAAAGACGCAUAUUUACGAUUUUCUAGGUGGUUUAAAGAUUUCCUCACAUGGUGUAGCCAGACAAAAAAAUAAUUAAAAACUUUCUGCCACCGCUCUUGGUGUAACUGCGAACCUCGACAGCCGUUUUGAAAUUCCUUGAUAUACUUAAUAUUUUUGACAUGUCAGUAUGCUGAAAGUUUAUGUUGUGAAACUCUGUUAGGUUUAAAAGUAUGAUCCUCAAUACAUCUGCAAAUCAGAAAACCUGUUAGACUGCAUGACACAACAAGGAAAAUCCGUGCAAGGAAUUUCGGACAUUUUUUUUUUUGCCCAAAAUUCUUUCAUUGAACUGUUACCCGUGUGGGACGGGACCUCCUGUAUCGAUCGCUGUCUGAGAUCCUGGGACUCCCUAAGGUCGAGCGCUUAGGAACUUUUUAGGAGCGUGUUUCUGCUUGCCUGAUACCUUUCUGAAAGUAAAGGAGUCGUUUUGGCUUACGUAAUAUGAACGUUGGUUUCACGAAUAUUCCAAAAGGACCUAAUACCAUCAGAUUUCUCGUUACAGAAACGGUUAUCAUCACUGAUAUUAUCGCGCACAAAAAAUAAGAUUUCAUAUCUGGAAGAAAACGGAAGCGUAUUUCAUUUAUAUAUAUAGUUCUUUUGGUAAGGCGUUUCAGGACGGAUCUCCCCGCGCUACGGAGUAAGACUGCAUUUGUGGCAAAGUGUUGUAUGGUAGCAUGGCAAUGGUAGUAAACCAGUGGCAAGAUAACAUUUCUGCAGAUCCCGGGUCCCAGCUCCAGAUUUGCGGUCAGGAUUCUGGAGGGACACCGGGAACACCGUCUGGUUCCACCGCAGGUAAUGAUGCCCUAUCCGGAGACAAAAUUCCUAACGUGGACUGCAUGGUGUGCGGGGACAAAUCGAGUGGCAAACACUACGGGCAGUUUACCUGCGAAGGCUGCAAGAGCUUUUUCAAGCGCUCCGUGCGGCGGAACCUAAGUUACACCUGCCGGGGUAACCGAGACUGUCCGAUCGAUCAGCACCAUCGGAACCAAUGCCAGUACUGUCGCCUGAAGAAGUGCCUUAAAGUCGGCAUGAGAAGGGAAGCCGUCCAGCGAGGCCGCAUGUCCACCUCCCAGUCCAGCCCGGGCCAGUACUUGAGUAACAGCAGCGAGGCGUACAACGGACAGCCCUACCUGUCGGGCUUCAUCUCGCUGCUGUUGAGGGCGGAGCCAUACCCCACGUCACGGUACGGCACCCAGUGCAUGCAGUCCAACAACCUGAUGGGCAUCGAGAACAUCUGCGAGCUGGCGGCCCGGCUGCUCUUCAGCGCCGUGGAGUGGGCCAAGAACAUCCCCUUCUUCCCUGACCUUCAGCUCAUGGACCAGGUGGCGCUGUUGCGCAUGUCGUGGAGCGAGCUCUUCGUGCUGAACGCCGCCCAGUGCUCCAUGCCCCUGCACGUGGCGCCCCUGCUGGCGGCCGCCGGCCUGCACGCCUCGCCCAUGUCCGCCGAGCGCGUGGUGGCCUUCAUGGACCACAUCCGCGUCUUCCAGGAACAGGUGGAGAAGCUGAAGGCGCUGCAGGUGGACACGGCGGAGUACUCCUGCCUCAAAUCCAUCGUGCUCUUCACCUCCGAUGCCAUCGGCCUGUCAGAUGUGGCCCACGUGGAGAGCGUGCAGGAGAAGUGCCAGUGUGCCCUGGAGGAGUAUGUGCGUAACCAGUACCCGGGCCAGCCCAGCCGCUUCGGCCGGCUGCUGCUGCGGCUGCCGUCUCUCCGCAUCGUCUCCUCGCCGGUCAUCGAGCAGCUCUUCUUCGUGCGCCUGGUGGGGAAGACGCCCAUCGAGACGCUGCUGCGGGACAUGCUGCUGUCCGGUUCCAGCUACAACUGGCCCUACGUUCCCAUGCAGAGGGACCGGCCGCUGUCCCUGCAUUACAACGAGAACGGGCCCUGAGCACGUCUGGCCCCGCCCACCCUGCCCCGCCCCGGUGUCUCCGCCACUGCGCCGCCCGCUACCAUGACUCACAGACCUCACCCCUCCCCGGGCGUCACCCCAUGAAUCCCAGCCAUCGGCAGGAAGUGACACGCCACCCACAUGCCACUGGCGUGUACGGCUCGGAUCAGAAGCAGAACUCUGAGGACUUCUCUCGCGCAAAGCUGGGACAGACAGAUGGGACAUUCAGAGGGUGGAAUCCACCUCCUGAGAUGCAUUGACUGCUUCUGUUCGACUUCCAGCUAAUUAGGAUUAUGUGGGCCCCAUUUGUGCCGGAGAACAAACAUUCAGAAGCUGGAAUGGUUUGAACAAGAUGCUUGUGGCCCAGGAAGGGAUUGGUAGACACUUCCAGUCUACAAGAAGAGGAAACCCGAUAUGCUAAAGUACUCCAGCCAUUACUGCUAGUAACUGUAAACACAGGCCUACAUCCCUCAUUUGGUGACACUGCAACUGGCAGUUAGCCAGUGCUGGUGUACAUGAGGGGCUAGGAGCUCACCAUGCUGUCAGAACAGGCUCCUCUACGGCAGAGCUGCAGAUGCGCUCUCACUCUGCGGCAGGGUUAGGCUGGUGCGACCGGGGCAGCCGGAAGCAUGCUCAGAUACUGCCCCAACUCCAUGAAAGUCAUGCACUGUGUCUCAGUUUUGCAUAUUAGAGCACCGCACAUCAGAAGGGCCGCCGCCAACAUGCCAUCGCGCGUACGUGUCGGCAGGCGUGUCCGUGUGUAGCGCUUGGCAGUGAGCGGAGCGUGCCGCAGAGUAUGACGACGUCAUCGUGUUACCUUUACCUCAGGGUAGCUUAGCCACCCAUUUGCCACGUUUGAUAUUUUAUUUUUGUGAAUUUUACUUAAAGCUACUGUUUUUCCACAUGUACGGUCUGUUUUUUUGUGUGUUGAUUUAAGAAGGUAUCUGUCUGUGGCAUAUAGUCAGGGCGUGAGGAUCACUCAGGAGGACACAGUUACUACAACACUAGCCCUGGCAGCUCGUCAGCUCAACACCUUCCUCACACGUAAAAAAUAUGUAAAAAUGGGGGACUUAUGUAGAAUUUCCCCACACGGGAUCAAUAAAGUAUACCUGUCUCUCUAGUGUUAUAAUGUUCUCUCAUCGUGUUGCAAUAUGGUCCUGCCGCUGCCUGCUAUCAUUUGUCGACCUUUUGUCCGUUUGUACAGCUUAAAAUCCAAGCAGAGUGUGCGUGAAACCGUGCAAAACAUCUGUCCAUGAAGAAAAUACAAUGUACUAUACAUUUUUGUACGGUACCAGACAUGCUGACACAGACAGUAUUUCGUUUCCAUUAUGUUACGAAUUUAGCAGGACUGGUCACUGCUGGCCAAUUAUUUGAAGCUAAACCAACUACUUAAUUCUCCGGUUUCCUUGGCAGUAUCUAAAAUUUUAUUAGGUACUGGGCAGGAUCUACUCAGAACUGCUUCUUGGGUAGCUGAGUUUGUUAAUAGACGCCUUUUUGCACACCACUGUUGUGCUGUUAUUUUUGCACUUACGGUCUUCCUGUUCGUUUUUAACAAGCCCGGUCAUUUCCCUCUCUCGUUAACAAGGUGUUUCCAGCCUCGGAAAUACCAUUGACUUGCUUUGUGUUCAUCACGUCGUUUUCUGUAAGCUCUAGGUACUACAGCCGUACAUGAAAAUCUCAGUAUGAUGGCAGUUUCUGAGAUGCACCAGUAAUCAUAUCACGUUCAGAAUCGCUUAGACCAGCCGUUUUAGCUGUUCCAGUGCUUUAGUCGAACAGUAACUGAACUUCUUGACCCUCGCGUCUGCUGUAUGUACUCAGUUGCGGCCACAAGAUUUGCUGCUUGCAUUAGCGAGCAGGUGCACAGCAUGUAAAGCAACAUCAUUUUAAAAUUCGUUUCUUCUGUUGCUUAAAAACAGAAAUAAAAAAAAAGCGUAGUUAGAAAACCUCACGAUAAGUCAAAUGUUCUAUCAACAAUGGCAGCCGAAAUAACUAACACAUAAAUGGUCAGAUGUAUUAUCUAGCUGGCUGAAUGUAUUUGCACACCUGAAUGGACACCAUCCGUUUAUGCGCUGCCGCGUUUCGUUUCGUUUGGCAGUCGGCAUGAGCGAACGCUUCCCGGUGACGGACGCUAUUCUUACUCAGCUUUUUUAGGGUUCUAUCAAUGUUCUCCGAAGUCCCACACUCUCAGUGACCUCCUGCACAUUCAUGCUGACCGUAGCAUGCGGUGCUCUAGUAUUAUAAGCUGGGACACAAGCAUGUACCUCUUCACCUCUUGCAGUGCACAUCAAAAACACUGUCAUCUGUAAUUAUUUACAGAAUGAAAGCAGCACGGGCGCUUUUAUAUGACAUCACUACAGAACCACAUCAACGAAAUACACACUGGGACAGCAAGUCAUCGAGACUCUGGUAAACUGGCCCUGCCUGACAUUAUAUUUAGUUCCAAAUGUUUGAAUUUUUUUUUUUUGUAUAUUUUCUGUUUGCAGUAUUGUCAGUAUGCAAUCACUUAAAUAAAAUUUGUCACUGAGAUGAGCAUAAA